UGGGCCGGGGGAGGGGAGUCCGGGAACUUUGAGACUCGGCCCAGGGGGCCCUCGGUGAUAUUCCAGGAGGCGUCGCGCCAGGCCAGCCUCCCGGGACCCUCUGCCGGCUGCAGACUCGUCGGCUGCGCAGCUCGGAGAGACACCCCGGGCCGCCCCCCGCGGCCGCGCGUGAUCCGGACGGCGGAAGACGUGGCCGCGGGCAUGGGCAGCUUCUCGCCGGAGCCGUGGCUGCCGCGGCCGCUCAGUCCCUCGGGCCUGGUCCUCGCCGCGGCCCUGCUGCUGCUGGUACUGUGUCUGCGCGUCCGGCGCACCAGGAGACCUGGUGAACCUCCAUUGAUAAAAGGCUGGCUCCCUUACUUUGGAGAAGCCCUGAAAUUACAAAAAGAUCCCCUAGGUUUCAUGACUACGCUUCAAAAGCAGCGUGGUGACGUUUUCACUCUUUUCCUUGGAGGAAAUUACAUAACAUUUAUCCUGGACCCUUUCCAGUACCAGUCAGUGGUAAAAAAUCAAAAAUUAAGCUUUCAAAUGUUUACUAGUAAAUUCUUAAUGAGAGUAUUUUCUGUCAAAAAGAUGAUGACAUAUCAUGACCUGAACGACAAGAUUCAUACUAGCUAUCAACUUCUACGAGGGAAGCAUUUGGACGCACUGAUGGAAAACACAAUGCAGACUCUAAAACAAGUGUUUGAACCCCAAUUCUUAAAAACCACAAGUUGGGACACGGAAUAUUUGUUGACAUUCUGCAGCUCAGUAAUAUUUGAGGUGACAUUUACAGCCAUACAUGGAAAUGUUCUCGCUGGCGAUAGGAAAACAUUUAUUACUGAGUUAAGAGAUGAUUUUUUUAAAUUUGAUAGCAAAUUCACACAUUUAGCAUCAGGCGUACCCAUUGAGCUUCUAGGAAACAUCAAGUCUAUUCGAACGAAACUUAUAAAACAGUUGACAACAGAAAACUUAGCUAAGUUACAAGGAUGGUCAGAAGUUGUUCAAAUGAGGCAAGAUAUCCUGGAGAAAUACUAUACGCCCAAGGACACUGAAAUAGGAGCACAUCAUUUAGGCUUGCUCUGGGCCUCUGUGUCAAACACUGUUCCAACUAUGUUCUGGACGAUGUAUUACCUUCUACGGCACCCAGAAGCUAUGGCAGUGCUGCGUGACGAAAUUGACCAUUUGCUGCAGUCAACAGGUCAAAAGAAAGGGCCUGGAUUUUCCAUCCACCUCACCAGAGAACAAUUGGACAGCCUGGUCUACCUUGAAAGCACCAUUCUUGAGGCCUUGCGACUAUGCUCCUUUUCUGGCAUCUUUCGCGUCGUUCAAGAGGACUUGACACUACACUUAGGGAGCCAGGACUGCUGUCUGCGAAAGGGAGACUUUGUAGGCAUCUUUCCUCCCGUCUUACAUUAUGACCCUGAAAUCUUUGAAGCUCCAGAGGAGUUUAGAUUUGAUCGUUUUACAGAAAGUGGUAAGAAGAAAACCACCUUUUUUAAAAGAGGGAAAAAGUUGAAGUAUUACCACAUGCCAUUUGGAUUUGGAGUCAGCAAAUGUCCAGGCCGAUUUUUGGCAAUAGUUGAGAUAAAACAAUUGUUGGUUGUAUUUUUAACUUAUUUUGAUUUAGAAAUAAUUGAUGAUAAGCCCUUAGAACUAAACUACAACCGCUUUUUGUUUGGCAUUCAGUAUCCCGACUCUGAUGUUUUAUUUAGGUACAAAGUGAAAUCUUAAAGAAGCUAAAAGGAAAGAAAAGAAAUCUAUCAAAACUAACCUAAAUGUCCUUAGCUCAUCUGUUUGUUUUUAAUUUCUUCAAAUGUAAUUGCUUUGUUUGUUUUAAAAGUGCCAAUUUCUGUUUGAUCUGAGAUCAGUCCAGUCUGUACUUUGUCACAAAACCCAUCAAAAGAAAGAAAGAAAGAAAGAAAGAGCAUGGUGGCAUGAAAUUGACAUCAAAAUCAACAUAAUGAUUAACUUAAAGUAGCUUUUUUUAAGUUUCUACAUACAUAUUGUGAUUUGCAAGUGUCAUAGUAAAUGUGCCUUCACAGCAAUAGAUUUGACACUGUGGGAUUUUUUUAAAGUCACAAAUUCUUCUCUAAUAUGUAAGAAUACACUUUAUGUACUAAUGGAAAUUUGUGCUGGAAAUGGACACAGUCUAACAAAUUCCAAGUUCUCAGAGAAGAAGGAAAUUAAAUUUCCAUGAGGUACACUGGAUGAAAAUGUUCCCUUCAAGUAUAAUAUCAAUAAUAUCUAUAUUGCCAGGGUACGUUUGCAUUAAAUGAGUUUUGCAGUAGAUUAAAUGCUUCAACUUCACUUCAAUAUUUAAUCAUCCAUAAAUGUUCUUUAUUACUUUGUAUACUGUGGCUCAAUAGAACAAAAUUUCUUGUUAUAUAAGGCCACUCAUGUUCAAGUGAGACACUGGUAAGAUUUAUCAGUGUAAGAACACACAAAAACCUAUUAUAUAUUCAGCAAUUGCCCUAGACAUUAGUAUUAGGUUUACUGUAGGAGUAAAUGUUGAGCUCAGUACAGGACUGAUUGUAGCAUUUGACUCCAGUGUAAACUAUAAGGGUUAUGCCAGUAUUGGAAUUAACUUUCCUAAAUGCUUCCAUUUACACCAGCUGAGAAACUAGAUAGCAGUAUUUGUUCUUGACGCCUCACCUCUUGGACUUGGAGUUUAUUUGUAUUAUUUGAAUUACAACAUUAUGUAAUACAGUAUAAUUCCAUAUGCCACAAUGCAGCAUAGUGUGGAGGAUUCAAAGAUUGCUAGUAUCAGAUUGCCAAGUGAUUGUCUGGCAUCCUACCUAACUGCUGAUGCCGUAUAUAAACAGGCAAAGCAGGUAAUUAAACCCAGUUAAUUCAUGCUGCAUUCAUUGGAACUUCUGAUAUUUCGGAAAUGUGCUAUUGUUUUUGAAAAGGAAAUUGAUUUUAAAAAUAACAGUAUAAAAUACUUAACCAUACUUAGUAACUAAAUAGAUUUUCUAGCAUUUACUUUCUCCUUCCUGAAGUCCAUACUCUAAGUGCACCUUAGUGAAGGUCUACCGGUCUAAACUUUGUUUUUGCUGGAUUGAAGAUGUUUUCCUUUUUGCCCUCAUUCCUGAAAGGUGAUUUCGCUAGAUGCACAAGUCUAGACUGACAGUGGUUUCCUCACAGGGCUUUGAGGAUAUCUCAUGUUCUUAAGAGGUUAGCCUUUAUUCGGUUUAAUUAUUCAGUAGGUAGUCUGCCUCUCUGACAGCUUUAACAUGCUCUCUUUGUCUUUGAUGUUCUUAGUUUCUAUUUAUCAUGCUUGCAUGUCAUGGUGUCUUUCAUGAAGUGUAGAAUGUUCACAGUCAUUAUCUCUUUGAAUAUUUCCUCCCUCAGGCUCUGUAUCUCGCUCUGUACUCCAUGUUGUUUGACCUUUUUGCCUCGUAUUUUCCACCUCUAAUUUACAUUCUCGGUAAUUUCUUUGGAUCUUUAGAUUUCUCUGCCAGUUUAUUCUACUCUUUAACCCAUCCAUCGAGUUUGUUUCCUCCUUCUUUUUAUUUUAACCUCAGGUUCAUAGGACUGAGUGAUCACAUGCCUUAUGUCCCUUAGUUCAUGGUACACAAUUAUAAUUGGCCCAAACAAGGCCCUCUGGCUUUAUUUACUCAUUCUAUUUUAUCCCUAAUGGCUACCAUUAUACCCCUCCCCAUCAUAGGCAAAUAGUCUAAUGUGUUUGGUGUGUAUCUUUUUAUUUGUAUAUGCUUUUAUAAAACAUAUGUUAUUAUCUUGGGUGCACAUGUGUUUAAUUUUCAUAAAUGUAUAUUCUAUAAAUCAUUAUUCUUCUUACUGUUUAACUGCACUCUAUAUUUUUAAAGAUAUAUCCGUAUUACUUUAUGUAUAUUUAAUCUGUUGCUUCUAACUGCUGUAUAGUAUCCCAUAAUGUGCACCCACCAUGUUUUAAUGCUCUAUUUACGCAGUGAUGGAAACUGUGUUGGGGGGAGAGGCCAAAGGAGAACCCAGACGUCUACUCCCACCCGUCCUCCCACUACUGUGUGCUCCACCCUCCACCCUGGGCUGCAAACCCUGUCAUCAGCAGCCCCACCACACGCGCACAUACACACGCGCGCUCGCACACACGCGCGCAGACACACGCGCGCAGACACACGCACAGACACGCGCAUGCGCACAUGCGCAUGCGUGCGGACACGUGCACACGCAUGCACACGUGUGCGCAGACACGCACACGCGCACAUACAUGUGCACACACGCACACGCGUGCGCGCAGACACGCACGCACACACAGACACGCGCACACACGCGUGCGCACGCCCACACACACACAGGCCGUGACAGCCUUCAUUCUCUGAGGUGUUCUAGACUUGUGUUCCAUGCUCAGAUCCUUAUCACCCUCUCCCUUCUGUGAGGCCUCCAGGGUUGAUCUGAGUCAGGGUGCCAACUGUCAAUUUGUCCGCUUUCAGGAUUUCAAUUCCACUGAGUCUGCUAAGUUUAGUGAUUACAUUUUCAGUUUGAGAAUUCUCUUUUUGUUCUUCCUAUCUGCCUGGUCAUUUUUGAUAACAUCUUGUUCUUUCAUGAUACACUCAACAUCUUCUUCCAUAUAUUAAGAAACUUAUUUUAUGUUCUGUAUCUGGUAUUUCCACAUCAUCAGCGUUUUAUGGGUCUGAUUCUGUAGUUUGCUUUUCUUUUAACUCUGCCUCAGGAUGGCUUGUUUACUGGGCCCAUGUUCCUUGGAAUUUUAUCUCUGGACAUUUUUUUAAGACCUGAGUUUAAAGUUCACACCUCCAGAGAGAAUUUGCGUUUGCUUUUGUCUGACUGCUGGUGUUACUAUCAACUUCUGAUCACUUUACAUUUUCAACUUGAGUAUUUUGAAAGGGGAUUGGGAACAACAUAGAUAGUGUGAGUUCUAGCCCUAAAUCAGCCAGACUGCAACCCUAUGAGGAGGAAUAGACAGGAGAGACUUUCUGCGUUUUUUUCCCCCUUUACCCAAAGCCAAGUCUGAGACAGGCAAGUAUACCCACAGUCCUUCUCUGUGGAGCAAGGUUUCUUUCUAAGUCACUUACUGAGGGUGCUGCCUCUGCAAAUUCUUGGCUUUGUGUACAGGUCUUGGAUUACACGCACACACACACACACACACACACACACACACGCCCCGCUUGGGCCCCAAGCUUUAUCUUCUGCCUGCCACAAAGUAUAGCCCAUUCAUUUUGUACCAGGACAUCUAUUCCACCAUGUUGCCUGAAGUGGAAGCCUCCAGAUUCUUAAAUUCAUCUUAGUAGUACACUUUUGUGCUGCUACAGCAGAGAGAGCACAGAAAAGUAUUCCAUUCUAAUUUCUGCUUAAUUUAUAGCGAAAGGAAUUUAGAGUAGAAGUAUUAUGUAAAAUAUUACAUAAAAGCAAUGGGUGGUAGAACCAAAACAAGAGAGUCUUGUGACAGGCUUAAAUCUGGUAAUUAAAGAUUGUUUAUAAAUAGAAUAAAUGUCAUGGAGAAAUAAGUUAAAAGACAUGGAUUCUAGCUAUGACAUAACUGGUUUGUUUUCAUCAACAAGUCACUUUGCCUCGCAGUGCUUCAGUUUCCAUAUUUGCAAAAUAAAAAUAUUAAGGCCUUUUGACACCAGGGUUCAUUAUGAGGAUUGAACACAGUAAGAUGUGCAAACUUACUUUGAAAAGUGUAAUGCAAUAUACAAACUUAAAGUUGUAAAGGAGAUACUUUGACAAUGUUGUGCCUUUUAAAAACUGUUCUUAUGUAUUUGUUAAAGGGAACCAUUUUUUGUCAUUAGUUAAUUCAUUAUUCAUUUAUUCAAUCAAACACUUAUUGAGCAUUUCCUCUAUCCUAGAUUUGAUGCUAUGCACUGGAUUACCCUUCUUCAAGAACACAUAAUUUAUUAGAGAACACAAUACAUACCCAACUAAUUUAUUAUAAAUGUAGUUGUAAUAAAUCAUCUCCUUAAAACUAUUUUAAAAUUCUGAUUCAUCACUAGUUCUAACGAAACUUCCAUCACUCAUUCCAAAUUAGUGUUCUGUAAUGAGAAAUUACUAUGAGCCUAAUUACAUACAAUAAAACAUAUACAUCAAGUGUUGUGAUUAUAUGUUAAAAAUAACCAAAACCAAUCAUUGAGGCUUCAGAAUUUUUUAAAAACUGUAUUUUACAUAUAGUAAAAACCGAUCUUUUCAUUUUUAAGCCUCCUCUAAAUUUCAAAUUAAAGAAAAUGAAUAACUAAAAAUAUUAUUUUAUAUCAAUGACCAACAGUAAUGAAGCAUUCAGUUAGCAAACACUAAAUGCUCUGAAGAUAUUCAGGAAAAAGCUAUUUAUCACUGAGUAAGGAAUGCUGAUAAGCAACCUAUUCAGGAACUUUUAUCUGCCUUGUUUGGCUUUCCUGGCAUACUUCAUUAUAUUUUCUCCAUUUUCUCAUUAAGUUUUGGGUCACAAGUGUGAGGCAAAGGAGCUUCUAUUCUCAAAAUUUGCAUGAUUACUUCUGUUUAUUUUCUCAUGAAAAAUAAUUUGGGUAGCAUUUCCUAUAAGCGAAUUCUUCAAAUUUAACCAUGGAAUCUUAAAACCAAUUUCAAAGAUCAAAGCACAAAAACUAUCUAGGCUUUGAUCUUCGUAUAAAACAAUGUCAAUAAUUAUAAAACAAGAAUUAUAUGCCCUGAGAAUGUACACUGCUUUAAUCUAUUAAAUUUGCCAAUAUUGCAAACCAUUAUGUACUUGAACUGCAUUAUUAGGUAUUCAUAUUCACAUACUCAAUUAGGAAAAAGUUAGCAAGCCAAGAUUAAGUUCCCUGUAGCAUUAUUUUAAAUUACAGUGGAUGAUCACAUAAAGCUCUCUAAUGUUUCGCUAAAGCAAUUAUUACUUAUUCUACUUCAGAGUGUUAAUCUAAAUCAGUGAUCAUUGACGAUGGAACUUUUUUGCUUAAAUGUUUACUUUGUUUAUAAUAUCUCGAGUAAGAUAAAUUUAAUUCGUGAAAAUCUCUACUGAACAAUUUUUAAAAGGAGGUAAUUUGGCAAUACUUACAUUUUAAAGUAUUUAUUAAGCAGAGGAGUGCUGUAUAUUAAAAAAAAAAUGUUGUCCUGAAUGUUUGUUUAAUACUCUUUUGAUUUUAAAAUGGUAUAGAGGUGGAUUUAUGAGGAAGAAAAUUAUCUUGAAAAGAUCUUAGGUAAGAAAUGCAAGUGCUUUGUAACUCAAUUAAUGUUUUUUAAAUUUACAACAAGCCAAUAAAUUAACUUUUAAAGCA